AUGUCGUCUCCUACUAAUUUCACCCUGAGCAAGCAUAUCGAUGCGUCGAUCCUGGCACUGGCAUCCUCAACGGACAACUUCACAGUUGGAUUCAGCAUCGGAAUUCGACGCAAGCACUUGGGACGAUGGGCAAACGCCCUGAUUUCACUUUGCAAUGGACUUGGUGCUUUCCUUGCUGUUUUUGGAGGCAGGGUGAUAAUGGAAUUCCUUCCUUCCUUUGCAAAUGUGGUGGCAGCGCUUAUGUUUGGAGUACUGGGCACUGUUGAAAUUGUUUCGUAUUGUUUCAAUAAUGGUAAUGAGACAACUACAUCAUCGUCAGUUGGCGCAAUGACUUUCGCUCAAGUCAUCCAAUUGUCCGUACCGAUGACACUGAAUAAUCUUGCUGGAGGCGCAGCGGGAGGAGCCAUGGGAUUGUCACCAGGAAUAUCUGGAUUCUACGCUGUCGUCGCAUCCUAUGUCAUGAUGCACUUUGGACACAUGGCCGGAUAUCGACUAAGCUCUACAAAACUCCCAGUCGAUCCUUCUUUGGUGUCGGGGGUUUUACUCUUGGUUCUUUGUUUGUUGACGAUCCUAGAUGCUACUGAGGCCGAUUGA